AUGGAAAACAAGAAUGUCUUCUUUUCAAGCCUUAAGAAGAUCUCAGAGGAGGUUGUGGUUGGGAUCGACGAAGCAGGUAGGGGCCCUGUGGUUGGAUACAUGGUGUAUGGAGCGUUAGUGGCUCCAAAAAGUGCCUUGAAAUCCACAGGAUUCAAGGACUCGAAGGUCUUAACACACGCACAAAGGCAUACUUUCUUUCAAACAAUAAAAGAAAAAGGACUUGGAUAUGUUUACCAUUGCACCCAUCCAGACUAUAUUACGGAAAUGAUGCAGUUAGGGUCGACCUCCCUGGACGAGAUAUCUGUUAACUCUGUCUUUCGGAUCCUCGAUGAAAUAAAAGCCAAAUGCGAGAAUGUGGAGGGUGUUUAUGUAGAUGCGCUUGGGAAUUGUGAAAAGUACAAAGCCAGACUGAAGAAAAAGUAUCCAUAUAUGUUUGUGGUAGAGAAGAGGGCAGACUCAAGGUUUCAGAUAGUUUCUGGGGCGAGUAUAGUUGCCAAAGUUCAGAGAGACCUGAUGAUAUCUGAAUUUGGGAAUGACCUUGGAUCUGGAUAUCCGAGCGACCCUAGCACAAUCAGAUGGCUCAAAAGGAAUACGAAUGCAGUCUUUGGGUUUCCACCUGGAGUCAGGUAUUCAUGGAGCACAGUCAAGAAGAUCCUUGGAGAGAGAAGAUCAAAACCACUUAAAGGGGCUCUAAGUGGAUUCUAUUUUAACAGCAUUUGA